AUGUCGAGCCGGGUCUCCGGCCGCCGCUCGUCGGCGUCGGCCACGGCGGCGAACGCCGGCUCUAGAGCCCCCAAGGCGACAUCGAAGGAUAAGAAGCGGGUCGCGCUCGGGAACCUCACCAACGUCGGCGGCGGGAAGGCCGGCGCGGCGGAUGCGGAAUUGAGCUCUUCCAACUCAGUAGCAUAUGUGAAGAAGGGGGGUAUUGCGAGCCUUCCCAGUGUGAACCAGGAACGGGGUUCUGUCACAAAACCAACUUCAAGCCAGUUUGAUCGAGCAAUAGCACACCACGGCAGUGCUCUUCAGAAGGAGAAUGCUUGGUGCCCUUAUGCGCCUGGCAUUGUGCCUACGUUGGUGCCCCCUGGCAGCUUGCCUGGUCUGUCUGAUGAUUCUGUUUCUAUGGAGGUGGAAAACCCUGACCUUAAAUGCCUUGAUAAUCCUGAAUCUUCAGCGGCAGAUUCCUUGCAGCGUAGUGCGAAUGAUAAACUUCAUAUAUCUGACGAUAGGGAUUUCAGAGUAUCCAACUGGAGUUGCCCCACCCCAAUGGAAAAUGGCAACACCUUUGACAUUGACGCAAACUACGAGGAUCCACAACUGUGUGAACCUCUUGCUUGUGAUAUUUACAAGCACCUGCGGGAAGCUGAGACCAAGAAAAGGCCUUCACCAGAUUUUGUGGAAACCACCCAGAAGGAUAUUGACACAAGCAUGAGGGCAAUACUCAUAGACUGGCUUGUGGAAGUCACAGACGAGUAUCGUCUUGUUCCUGAAACCUUAUACCUCACAGUCAACUACAUCGAUCGGUACCUUUCUCACAAAGAGAUCAGUCGGCACAAGCUGCAGUUACUUGGUGUUUCCUGCUUGCUUAUAGCUGCUAAACAUGAAGAGAUAUGUCCACCCCAAGUAGAGGAGCUCUGCUACAUUACUGACAAUACAUACAUCAAGGAUGAGGUUUUGCAAAUGGAAGCUUCUAUCCUGAGUUGCUUGAAGUUUGAGAUGACUGCACCUACAGCAAAAUGUUUUUUGAGGAGAUUUUUACUAGUUUCUCAAGUAUGCCAUGAGGGCUCAGCUUUGCAUCUUGAGUUCCUAGCCAGCUACAUUUCUGAGUUAUCACUUCUGGAGUACAGCUUACUUUGCUAUGUACCUUCACUGAUAGCUGCCUCUUCUAUUUUCUUGGCGAACUUUAUCCUUAAGCCAACCAAGAAUCCUUGGAACACCACUCUUUCUUAUCACACUCAAUACGAGCCAUCCGAGUUACAUGAUUGUGUAAAGGUACUGCACCGGCUUUUUCGUGUUGGCCCUGGAAGCAAGCUCCCUGCAAUUAGAGAAAAGUACAGCCAACACAAGUACAAAUUCGUAGCGAAGAAGUACUGCCCGCCAUCAAUUCCAGUCGAGUUCUUCCAAGAUGCUAGCAGUUAGAAGCCCAGAUUGGUUCUGGUUACUCGCUGAAGUCUUCCCAUGGCCGGUGGCCCCA